AUCAACACUUACCUUAAAAGCAAAAUCAAAAUCCUAAGUCACAUAACUACUAUAGAGUAAAGAAGAAAAUGUCUUUCAUAUCUUUCAUCACACUCAUUUGCAUGUUGUGCAUAAUGUUAGGGACUGCAUUUGCAGCUGAUGAUGCACCUCAUAAAAGCUCCUCGGAAAUAUAUAUCGUCCACGUCGAGGGCCCCACCGAACAAUUCACGACUCAAUCCGAAGAUCUCGAGAGUUGGUACGGUUCAUUUCUCCCAACAACCACAACAAGCUCGAACGAGAGAGAAUCGCGCAUCGUCUACUCGUACCGAACGGUGUUCAAGGGAUUCGCGGCAAAUCUAUCUCCUGAAGAGGUGAAGGAGAUGGAGAAGAAGGUAGGUUUUAUAUCGGCCCGGCCCGAGAUAAAACUACCGUUGCACACAACCCAUUCUCCGGGCUUCUUGGGAUUGAAUCGAGAAACGGGCUAUUGGAAGGACUCCAACUAUGGUAGAGGCGUGAUCAUCGGAAUCUUGGACACCGGAAUAUUCCCCGAGCACCCUUCGUUCAGCGACGAAGGGAUGCCCCCUCCACCGGCUAAAUGGAAGGGGCGGUGCGAGUUCAACCACACGGCGUGCAAUAAUAAGAUCAUCGGAGCUAGGUCCUUUGGCUCCACCGCCGGUGGUGGCGGUGGCGGCGGCGGUCAAAUCACCCCGCUCGACGACGAUGGCCACGGGACCCACACCGCCAGCACCGCCGCUGGAAACUUUGUGAAUGGCGCAAAUAUCUUCGGGAAUGCCAAUGGAACGGCCGCCGGAGUCGCACCGCUCGCCCACCUGGCGGUUUACAGAGUGUGUGUCCCGUUUUGCUCGGAAAGUAAUAUACUUGCCGGAAUGGACGCUGCAAUCGAGGACGGAGUGGAUGUGCUCUCGAUUUCCCUCGGCGGAUUGACCAAUAAUUUCUUCAAAAAUUUCAUCGCGCUAGGCGCUUUUAGCGCGAUGGAGAAGGGCAUUUUCGUCAGUUGCUCCGCAGGAAAUAACGGACCGUUUAACUUCUCAAUAUCGAACGAGGCGCCUUGGAUCCUCACCGUUGGUGCAAGUACGAUCGAUAGGAAACUAAGAGCGACGACGGUUCUCGGAAACAAGCAACUAUUUCACGGGGAGUCGGCUUUUCAACCGGACAAUUUUCCACCAACACUAUUGCCACUUGUUUACGCGGGGAUGCUCAACACUAGUGAUCCUUUUGCACCAUUUUGCGGCGAUUCGUUGAACGCAAGCGACGUACGUGGGAAAAUAGUGGUGUGCGAAUUAGGCGGUGGAUUAACGAGGAUCGAAAAGGGCGAAGCAGUUAAAAGCGCCGGUGGUACUGCCGCCAUGAUUCUCGUGAACAACGAGCGGUACGCAAACACUACUUCGGCGGACGCCCACGCCCUUCCGGCGGCAGACGUCGGCUACGCGGACGGACUAAAGAUCAAAGCUUACAUAAACUCCACGUCAUCGCCGAAGGCCUCAAUCCUCUUCGAGGGCACCGCUAUCGGCGACAGCAACGCGCCAGUUGUCGCCGCAUUUUCUUCCCGUGGGCCCAACUUCGCGAGCCGCGGGAUACUGAAGCCCGAUAUUUUAGGCCCGGGUGUCAAUAUCCUCGCGGCGUGGCCCACAUCAGUCGAAAACCGAACCGACACAAAAGCAACGUUCAACAUGGUUUCCGGCACCUCGAUGUCGUGCCCGCACCUCAGCGGCGUGGCGGCACUGCUCAAGAGCUCGCACCCUGAUUGGUCCCCUGCCGCAAUUAAGUCGGCAAUCAUGACCACCGCGGACGUCGUGAAUCUCGCACAUAAUCCAAUCGAGGACGAGCGGUUCGUUCAGGCGGGUAUCUUUGCAACCGGGUCGGGUCACGUGAACCCGUCGAGAGCGAACGAUCCAGGACUCGUAUACGAUAUCCAACCCGAAGAUUACAUACCAUAUCUAUGCGGUUUGAACUACACGGAUCGAGAAGUAGGCUUCUUCUUACAACGCAGGGUGAAUUGCUCGGUCGAGUCGAGCAUACCCGAAGCACAACUGAACUACCCUUCUUUCGCACUCACUUUCACAAGUACUAAAUCGAAUAUUCAAGUGUAUACAAGGACGGUUACGAAUGUGGGCGAACCUAAGUCGUCUUACAACGUGGAAAUUGUCCCGCCACCUGGCAUCGAUGUCCGUGUGGCGCCCACUACACUCGACUUUUCGGAGGUGAACCGGAAAAUGCAGUAUGAGGUGACGUUCGAACGAUUGUCGUCCGCCGAGAACAACACGAUUGUUCAAGGUUUCCUUAAAUGGACUUCUCUCAAGCACUCUGUUAGGAGCCCUAUAGCAGUUAUACUUAACUGAAAAAAAGAAUAUGAAAUUAGAGCAUCUCUAAUUU